AUGGGCUGCUUUGAUCUGCUGCACUCCGCCAUCAACAUCAGUCCGAUCCUCCUCGGUCGGAACCUUGAGGAUGUGAUCAAGCCUAACAUAGCAUCCCUACAUCAGUGCGGUCUAACUGCCUCUAAUGUUCUAGAGUUCGCAAUGCUGAUAUGCAUGAAACCCGAGGAUGUCAGGGAAAGGGUGGCAUGUGCUGAGAAGCUUGGUGUGCCGCGCAAUACAGGGAUGUUCACGAGCGCCCUGUGGGCUGUCUGUUGCGUUGGUCCCAACUCCAUUGGUGCAAAAAUGGAUGUCAUGAAGGCGACUCUUGGAUGCUCCGAGGCGGAGCUGGCCCUUAUAGUGUGCAAGUCACCCCAAAUUCUGAGGAUAUCAGAAGGCAAGCUGAGUCGCACAGUGAAGUUCCUGAAGAAAAGAUUUGUCCAGAAGUUUAUUGAUCCUUACAACAAGAGUAUUGCAGGGCUUGCAGAUGCUUAUGCUACUGCUUGUGCUGAGAAAAUGCCUCAUGAAGAUGAGGUGCAUUCGCAGCAGCAUGCUAGGGAUACUGAGAAGCAAAGGCAAAGAUAG